AUACUCUCUUUUGCUUUUCUCCCUUCUUCUAGUAGCUGCCAAGUCAAAAGUCUGUCUGUGACAAGACUUUUUUCUUUUUUUUUUCUGUUUCCUUGCUUGUCAAUUGAUCACUGAUCCCAUUGAUCAUCAUGGCCCAGCCUGCCAGUGUUCUUGGCGAUCGUGGAGAUCCACGUCUCCACGAGAAGGAGCGCGACAUUGCCGAUGCCUUUGAGGCCCGGGCAGUUCGCGGAGGCGUCCAUCCUCAGCAUCGUCCUCUUCACGAUAGCUCUGUCACCUUCGAGGAGUACAAUUACUAUGCCCAGCUAUCUCGUGCUGAAGAGGAUACCUACACCGACCACGACCGAGAGCGUGGCUGGAUUUCCCUCAUCUUCCCUUCCAAGUCCGAUGCUGGUGAAGCGGUCAAAGAUGCCGCUGCCGUUAAUACAAGCGACAAGAACGUCACUGCUGGCAUCACCGAUGAUGAGUGGACCAAUGCGUCUCGUGCCCUGCGUACUGCUACUCGAGGUGCCAUUUUCUACUUGAUUACCACUGAUAUCCUGGGUCCUUUCGGUUUGCCCUAUGCUUUUGGAACUAUGGGUUGGGGUCCUGGUAUUGCUCUGUACACUGUUUUCGCCGGUCUCGCCAUCUACUCUGGUUACCUACUUUGGGACGUCUUCAUGGGUUUGGAUUCCUUCCACUACCCCAUUCGUCACUUUGGUGAUCUCGGUUUCCGUCUCUACGGUCCCUGGAUGCGCUACUUGAUCAACGUCCUGCAGAGUAUCCAACUCAUUCUCAACGUUGGCUUGAUUGUCAUCUCCAACGGUGAAGCUCUGUCACAAGUUGCCAAGUUCAAACUCUGCUUUAUUGUCUGCUGUUUAAUCUGGGCCAUUGUUGGUUUCCUUGUGGGUCAAAUUCGUACGCUGCAGAAGUUCGGCUGGAUCGCCAAUGCUGCUGUCUGGCUCAACUUGAUUUGCAUGUUCAUCAGUAUGGGAGGUGCUGCUAACGGCCCCCCUAACUAUGCAAGUGUCAGUUCCUCUGCUGGUCAGAUUAUCAAUGGUGGUAUCUCUGUCCAGAAGCUACCCGACAAUUCUUUCCCACCCGUGCAGACGUCUGGUGGUCUUCCCCACUCCGACAGCUUCGCCGGUACCAUCAGCGGGGCCAUGAACGCCGUCUUUGCUUACGGUGGUGCUAUGGUCUUUCCUGAGUUCAUGGCCGAAAUGAGGCGUCCCAAGGACUUCUUGACCGGCAUGUGGGCUGCCCAAGCUUUCAUCUACUUCUGGUACAUGUUCUACGGUCUCUUUAUGUACGGAUACCAAGGACAGUACGUUGUUAAUCCCAGUUACUUGGGCGUCAGCGGAUACGCAGUCCAGACUGCCGGUAACGUUUUCGCUUUCUUGUCUGCCGCCAUCGCUGCAGCUCUUUACGGCAAUAUUGGCGUCAAGGUCUUGUACAACAGUAUAUUCGUCGAGCUCUUCCGCUUCCCUCCUCUCACCACCAAGGGCGGUAAGAUCGCAUGGGUUGUCCUCAUCCCCAUCUACUGGUCCGUUGCCUUUAUCCUCGCCGCUUCCAUCCCCAACUUCAGUGGUUUGACAUCCGUCGUUGCCUCUUUCUGUAUACUGCACUUCACCUACAGUUUCCCUCCCUUGUUCGCUAUUGCAUUCUGGGCCAAGAAGUUCGGCAUGCAGGAAGGUGAGGGUUUCCAACCUGAAUCUGGUGAAGUUGUACGCCGCGACUCUGGAUUCCGUCGUUUCAUCCGUGGAUUCUUCUUCCCCGGCUUCGCGACCAGCAAGUACUUUUACAUGAACGUUUUCAAUAUCAUCUACUUGCUUGGUGCUCUUGCUCUCGCUGGUCUUGGUUCUUAUUCUUCUAUCGAGACUUUGAAGGAUGCAUUCGCCAGCAGCGUCACCACCUCUUUCACUUGUAAGAGCCCUGUGGACAAUUAAAUGUCCGCUGAAUUGUCCCGUUGACGUGCUAUGUUCUGGUGAAAUGUGUCAUCGAUCUAGAAAAGAGGUACGGUUUGUAAUAUUCAAUACCAUUUAAUUUAAUUG